CUAUCUCUCUAAAUUCAUAGAUUGAUAAAACCAAAACUUCAAGAAAACGACUUUUGACUUUCUCAAACGAUGAAUCCACCCGAAGCAAUCUCCAUGCUCUUCUUCUCCAUCUUCUUCUUCUUAGAUCAUGUCUCUGCUCAAUCUCCUCCUCCUCCUCCUCAUCUUAUGUACUCAACCAGCGGCCUCUUUCAGCCAAGCUUAGCCAUCAUCACCGGAGUGUUCUCAAUCGUCUUCACACUCACUUUCGUUCUCCUCAUCUACGCCAAAUGCUUCCACAACGAUCUCAGAUCAGAGACCUACGAAGACGGAGACAUAGGACGACUAGAUCGUCUGUGGCAAGGACUCUUCAGCCAAUCUUCUCAUCGAUUAUCAGGUCUCCACAAAGCAGCAAUCGAAUCUCUUCCCUUUUUCAGAUUCUCUGCUUUGAAAGGAUCGAAACAAGGGCUCGAGUGUUCUGUUUGUUUGUCUAAAUUCGAGGAUAUUGAGAUUCUUAGGCUUCUGCCUAAAUGCAAACACGCUUUUCAUAUAGAGUGUAUUGACGAGUGGCUUGAGCAGCACGCUACGUGUCCUUUGUGUAGAAACAGAGUCUGCAUCGAAGACGAGCUCUCUGUGUUUGGUGGUAGUAACAAUAGUAUGAGAAUCAUGAGUCAGUUAUCUGAGACUAGAGAAGAAGAAUCGAGCAUGGAGGUUUUCAUCGAACGUGAAGAAGAAGUUAAUGAUGGCUCUUCGAGAUUCAGCAGCUUCCGGAAGAUUCUCAAGUUUGGUAAAAAUGAGAACUCGUCCUCGCUUGUGGAACAAGGCAACGAGAAACAUAUGCACAAGUUCAAUCACAGGAUUGUUGUUUCAGAUGCUGUGUUUAAGAACCGUUGGAGUAAUGUGACUCCAUCGGAUAUGACAUUUUUGACAUCGAAUAUGUUGAGUUCGACUUCAAGCGACAGAUUCUCGUCCAUUGAUCGAGUGCAGAGAGGUAACUUGCGUGACAAGGAAGAUAUUGAUAUGAGGAGAAUGGUUAAUAACAAAGAUUCUACUAGAAGAGUGGUUUCUGAGAUCACGGCUGUUCCUAGACUCAGCGUUGUUACAACAGCGGCUAGAGAAAACGCUUUAGGAGGAAGAGACAGCGGUAUGGCCGCCGCUUCCACGUCGAGGAGUGAUGUGAUUGCUACUAUUGAGGAAAGAAGACGAAGGUUGUGGUUGCCGAUUGCUAGAAAAACGGCUCAGUGGUUUGUUAACAGAGAGAAAAGGAAUGAACUAAAAACGACAGGACAAGAUCUUAACGUUUAGUU